AUGAAUGGAGGAGGUUUUGUUCAUGGCGUGAGUGAUCCGACGGCCGUCAUGGUGCCGUGGUUUUGCACCAGAAACACCUGCAGGUUGGCUGCAGCAUGGCUUCCUCUGCUCUUCUCAUCCAUUCUUCUGCAAACGAUGGUGCCUGUCCAUGGUGUGCCAUUCUGCCCUCGGAGCUGCAGCUGUCCGGGUGUUAAAGAGGUCCACUGUACAUUCCGACACCUCACCACCAUACCGAAAAACUUCCCCAAAGGCACGGAGAGACUCAAUCUCGGUUAUAACAGCCUAACGGAGGUGGAGGGAUCAGAAUUCAGGUCAUUGAAGAAACUGGAAAUGCUCAUGUUACACGGCAACGACAUUAGCACAGUCCAAUCAGGAGCGUUCUACAGCCUGAGGUCACUGCAGAUCUUGAAGCUGAGUUACAACAAGCUAACAACAGUGACUCCCGGUCUGUUUGAGGGUCUUGUCGGUUUGGUCCGUCUCCACCUGGACCACAACCUUCUAGAUUUUAUUGAGCCCUACACCUUCUCUGGUCUGACAUCACUAAAACUCCUGCAGCUGGAGGGGAACCUUCUCAAAGAGAUACACCCUCAUACCUUUAUUACAGUGUCAAUACUAGGAAGCUUUUGGACCUCUGGACUCAAACAUUUACAUCUAUCAGAUAACCUGCUGGAACAGCUCCCUGCUGCAGCUCUAAAGACAGCUCCCAGACUGGAGCUGCUCACACUACAUGGUAAUCCCUGGACCUGUGACUGCCAGAUCCACUGGUUGUUGGAAUGGAGUGCCGCACAUGAGGGAGUCAUCAAAUGUAAGAAGGAGCGCGGAUCCAGUGAGACAUGUGCCCAGUGCUCUUUUCCUCAACAUAUGAAUGGCACACAGUUUUUAGACUUAACUCCAGACAAGCUUACUUGUGAACGUCCAACUCUUCGCUCCCCCCUCAAACAGUGGGACAAUCCUGUGUGGGCAGAGUCAGAAGCAGAGCCAGAUGUCCCAUAUACCCGGGACUUAGAAAAACCAUUGGGCCACCUGACGAUCGUUCUCUCAGACAGCCAUGGAAACAAUGCCCAUGUGGCAUGUGAUGUGCGCCAUCCUGGUGACAGUUCCCCCAUGGCAUGGAGCGUAAAUCCACGUUCACCCGCAGAGCUGUCUGUAAAUGUGUCACUGAUGACAGCUCUCGAGUGCGAAAUUGAUCGGGAAAUGUUGCAAAAUCUCUGGCAAUUGGUGGCAUAUUACUAUGAAAGCCCGGCGAUUUUAGAAAGAGGUCACCUGAGAGGCAAUACAAGCAGCUUGACCUACCAGUAUGUCCAAGCAGUAAAUGAAAAUUCCCCAUAUUUCACAGAGUUAAAAGGGUAUUUGGUUGCAGAACCUUCAUGGCUGCUUCAACCCAGAGUCACGUUGAAGCUUAAUAGGCAGCAGACAACAACAAAGAAACUCGUAAUGGAUUUCUCUACCAUAAUCACAGAGGACUUCAACAGGGAUGACAAAGACUUUGACACUUCAUGGGCAUUUAUUCGAAGAGGGACGCCUGGCCGGGUUCAAUCUGCUAUUGAGGGUUCAAAAGUUAAUUUGGGGUGCAGUGUUGUUACCUCUCAUCAAGAGGUAAAAAUGCAGUGGAUGCUUCCAGAUUUGUCCACGGUGGAAGAUGCUACGGAUAAAAUAGACAUUUCAGAGACGGGGCAACUUGUCAUUUUAAAUGCAACGCUGUCUGACUCGGGUCUCUACCACUGUAUCAUUAAAACCAAAGCAGGUGUGGACUUGAUACCACUGAGACUUACCGUCAAGGAACGUUCUCUCGGUGCCACAGCUUUUAACGGUCAGAAAAUGAUAGUUAAGAAAGGUAACUCCCUUUCUCUUCCUUGCGAAGUGAGCUCAGUCCAGCCUAGCCAAAUUAUGUGGUACCUGCCCCAAAACCAAGUCCUCCUCCCCACACAGCAGUCGAGAAGGGCAGAGGUCUUAGAAAAUGGGACUUUGGUGGUGAGGAGGCUCACACAAGGGGAUGAAGGUGAAUAUAGCUGCUUGGCCUCCAAUUUGUAUGGAGUUGACAUGCUUUCCCACGUAGUGGAAGUUACCGGAGGAAAGUCCAAAGUGCAGACUGAAAGAGAGCAGCCAACCGUGCCACUUGGUGUGGAGGAAGAAGAGGGUUCAGGGGAAGAUUAUCAGGAAAUUAAACGUCCUUUUGCUACACAGCUCCCAGACAAGGUAGGGGCACCACAAAGAAAGCCUUUUUUUAAAAGGACGCGAUUAAGAGAUCCAAAAAGAAAACCCAAUAAAUCUGUUAAAGAAUUAGAUCCAAAUCGUUGGGCAGAGAUAUUGGCGAAAGCUAACGCUAAACCAAGCGAUGCUCUGCCAACAGAGCAGUCGCUAGAGGAGCCCAGUACUGUAACAUUCAUAACCACAACUGCGCUUGGAACAACCACAAGAAGCAACUUACAGGAUAUUCCAGCAACUCAAUACAUAGAGCCAACAAAUUCUAAACCAUUCAAAGUAUCUGAAACACUAAAAGAUGAGCUAAAGGUUUCGCAACCUGCUUAUCCUGUAAGCACAACACCCUCUCGACAGCAUGUAGAUGUUCAAGCUGUUACAGACCCUUCUGUUGUUGGAACUAAUCAACCCAUCAAACAGCCAGAAAAUGAGAACCUUGGUGAGGGAAAAAGAAACUUCAUUCCCAGUUGGCCAAACAGGAGAAGGCCCCCUUUUAGACGUAGAAAGCCCCCAAUGAGAAGAAUCCAUCCACAUCUAAGUAAUUCAUUAAACAAACCCAAAACAACCAUUCAACCAGUAACAACUACCAUCCCAACAACAAUAACUACAACUACAACAACCACCACAACUGCUACAACAACAGUCAUUGUUCCCAGCACAGAGGACUACAACGAAUCCUUGUCUGCAGAGUAUCACAUUGAUAAUGAUGAUCAGGAGUAUCUUGAAGAAUAUGAUGAUGCGAAUGACGACACAUUGGAUGCUAAAACAGAUGCAAGCAAUGAAAACCCCCAGAACAAUCAACAUUCUGGAAGCAUGAUCCCUUCUCCAUCAGUUACAGAGAGAAGUCCCCAUGUAAGUGAAAAAACUUUACCUAUUCCAGAGACAAUUGCUACUCCCAAGCUAGAUAGUACAAUUCAAAUUACCACUAAAGAUGAUGUAAGCAUACAGAAAAAUGGGAUAAAGAAAGUGGAGGUGAGUCAAAAAACAGAGGAAAACAGCCGUAAUUAUAAAAAUGUUGCCCAGCAGAAGGAGAGUGAGGAUAAAAGACCAGCAGAGGAGCAAGAAAAACAUACAAAAGCUACAGAGGGAACUGAGAAAGACAAAGAAAGCUCAAAAACAGAAUUGGUUACUGAGAGCUAUAACACACAGGAAAACAUCAUGUUAACAACACAUAACAGGCCAAGACCCAACAUUCGACCUCCACCUGAAAAAGAUGCAACAACCCAUGUAAAACAUACUUCCACCAAGAUGUUUACAACAAGGGGCAGAGGAAGAGAAGAGGUCACACAAAGACAGGAUAAAGUAGUUACCAAGCCAACUGAGAAGCCUGAAAUUCAGCGUUUUCCCGUAAUGGAGCCACUUCACCCUUGGCUUCAUCAGACCAAUCAGGGAAGAGGACAAACCACCAAUUCCAGGAAAACCCUCACCAACCAAGAGAGAAAUACAGGAAGGCAGGGUGAGGUGAAUCCAGGGAGGCACUCCCAGCCUCCCAGAGUUCCUCCAACCUCCCGCUGGCAUUCACAACACCAUCAUCCACAUUACUAUCCCAUCUAUCCUUCCUGGCCAGGUCAGAGGUCAGUUCCCCAACCGAGACAAGAUCCUUGGUCACAUACCACAGCAACCCAUCGGCCCUGGGCCUUCCCCCACCCUUGGGCUCACGGCUCAUUUGUGACCAACCGACCAGAGAUCACAGCCGAAACAGUAAAACCCACUCCUGUCGUCCCUGGAUCAAACUCCAAAUUCACACUGUCCAGUUACAAUCAGCAUCAUCCAAAUCAACAUGUCCCCCAAACAAGAGAUCAUCUGUUUAUUUCAAGGCUCAGGAACAGAUACAGACAGGCACAGCUGGAUCGCAUUGCCCAGUUGGGGAGGAUAGUGACCCCAAAACCUCACAUCAACUUCUACAAUCCUCGACACCCCAUCACACCAAAACCCGACACUCCAUCCUUGUAUAGGCCAUACACCCUUAAACCGCCGGCACCUACAGCUUCUUACACUUACCAUCUGCAGCCUUUAAACCCCACGAAGCCUACAUCUUCACCAUUCCACCGUUUCAUCCCCACACCUCUUCCCCAUCAUCACACCACCUCUCUAGCUCUGUAUGAAGCUGGGUGGCCUGUAGGAGGACGAGUCAGCUCUCGCCGUCCCACAGCAGCACCACCUUUCCCAUGGCUGUUGGGAUCAGGCGGUGGAAGGAUGAAACCCCGCAUAAUCACGGUGACCACAGCAAGUGUGUUAGUGCUGGCAGAGAAUGAUGCCUUUCUGCCAUGCAAAGCUACUGGGAGUCCUGAACCGACCAUUGCAUGGACAAAGGUCUCCACAGGUGCCACCAUCCCAGCAAACACUAAACAUGGUCCCCGUUUUGAAGUCUUCAAAAAUGGAACCUUUGUCAUUAGAAAUAUCCAACUUCAGGAUCGUGGACAGUACCUGUGCACAGCCCACAACAACUUUGGAUCAGAUCGGAUGGUCAUCACUUUAGCCGUUCAGACCCAAGCCCCAAAGAUCCAGACACAUAAAUCCACCAAUAUAGCAAUCUACUUAGGGAAGAGUGUGACUUUGGACUGCCUUGCCUCUGGAAAACCACCAGCCCAAAUUUCCUGGAUUCUCCCCGACAGGACAUUUGUCAGAGAACCCGGGACAGUCCACACUAUACUCUCUGCAAUAUCUCUGCUCCCAAAUGGAACCCUGCAUAUUCAUUCUGCCAAUUUUUCGAGCAAAGGGGACUAUAAGUGCAUCGCAAGCAAUGCGGCGGGUGCUGAUACAAUCACUUAUAACCUCCAUGUGGCAGCUCUACCCCCAAGCAUAGGUGAAGGGUCAACGGACACUGUGAUCAUCCAACCAGGCAUGAGCGUGUAUGUUCACUGCUCUGUCAAGGGUGAGCCGGUGCCUACUCUGAAAUGGAUGCUGCCGGACGGCACCAAUGUUAAACCAUCACAGUUUCUCGGACGCAGGAUAUUCAUCUUCCCCAAUGGCACACUUUUUAUGAAGAAUGUUUUGCCAUCUGAUAGUGGGAGGUACAAGUGUUUGGCCACUAAUACAGUGGGUAUCGCAAAAAGAACUAUCCAGCUGGAGGUGACAGAAGAUAUAUCCUCCUCACAUCAGCCACCUCCUCCUCCUCCUCCUCUUCCCAUCCCUCCAACCAACCACCACACCACUCCAUUACGUCAGCAUAAAGUCUCAGCCAUGUAUGGCUCUGCUGUAUACCUCCACUGUCCAGAGUCCACUGGAUCCUCCAGAGGGACCAGACCAAUUAAAGUUUUCCGUAAUGGGACUCUAAGGAUUCUACAGCUAACUGAGCUCGAUGGUGGAAAUUACCAAUGCAUCUUUCAGCGGCCCAAUGGAGAGGAAAUGGAACUUUUCCAGGUAGAGGUGUUGAUGACCCCUCCCAGAAUUGAACAUGUCAGGACUGCACAAACCAGGGUCACCUUUGGAGAAAAUUUCCAGGUGGACUGUGUUGCAACUGGCCUCCCUGAUCCAGAAGUUUCCUGGAGUCUUCCUGACGGAACUUUAAUCAACAAUGCUCUUCAGUCAGAUGACAGUGGCCUUCGUAAUCGCCGCUAUGUCAUGUUUGGGAAUGGAACACUACUUCUGCAACAGAUAGGCAAGAAAGAUGAGGGUGACUACACUUGUCAUGCCAAGAACAAACUUGGGAAAGAUGAAAAAAAAGUGAAUGUGAAAGUGGGACCAAAUGCUCCUCAAAUUGGAUUUAAAUCACAAUCGCUGGUUAAAGUAAAAUUAGGGGAAUCUGCUAAACUGAGUUGUUAUGCAACGGGGGAACCUACACCAAAAAUAAUGUGGCUCUCUCCACAAAAGGAUGUGAUACAAGUGACAUCAGACAAAUUUAGGAUCAUGGAAGAUGGGAUGUUAGUUGUGAAGAAAGCAACACUGGCCGAUGAAGGAAAGUAUGCAUGUGUGGCACGGAAUUCUGCUGGUGAUGAUAUAAAAAACAUGAUAUUGGAAGUGGAGCCUCAGGAACCUUUGAUCAACAAUAUGAAAGGGAAAAGUUCUACAAAGCUUUUGGGUGUUUCCUACCAAACCGCCCUUCUGGAUUGCAGAGUGGAGGGAAAACCUGCACCAAAAGUCUGGUGGAUUACUCCUUAUGGCCACUCGCUUGCAACACCCUACCUUGGAGGUCGCUUCCAAGUCCAUAAAAAUGGGAGCUUGGAACUGAGGGGGGUAAGGAAGACUGACGAAGGCAGGUACACAUGUCUGGCUAAAAACAGUCUGGGUGAAGCUUCGCUUACAGUAGAUUUAGAAGUGGCGUCAUUGGCCGAAAAACCUAGUUUUGCUGUUCCCAAUAUUGAGAUAUUACCAAUAAAACUAGACGGAGGUGAACUGAUCCUGGAGUGCCCUGCCCGUGGGAAGCCAAACCCAGAGUUCUCAUGGCUGCUACCCAACGGCACAAUGUUACCACCUGGUCUUAGACUUCAGCGCUUCAACCACUAUUAUGGAAACGGAACGCUUCGGAUCUCUCAACCGAUGGCAACCGAUAAGGGAGUCUACAGGUGUCUGGCAAAAAAUGUGGCAGGACAAGCAGAGAAACGUUAUGCCCUGGAGGCUGGCAGAAAGCCAGUCAUCAGGGGAUCUACAGGUGGGAUAAAAAUCACUUAUGGCCUCGAUCUCAACCUACUUUGCAAUGUGGAUGGCUGGCCGAAGGCAUCGAUCUCAUGGACCCUUCCCAACGGCGUUGUUCUGGAAAAACCUCAAACUUUUGGCCGAAUGGCUCUCUUCACCAAUGGGACCCUCCGAGUCAGGCAGGUGGCCGCUUUUGACAAAGGAACAUAUACCUGCAAAGCAUCUAACACGUUUGGCUCUUCGGCAUUUUCCUACCCAGUAGCGGUGAUGGUCUUCCCUCCACGCAUCACCAGCCCCUUGGCCUCCAUUACCCGAGUCAUCCGGGGAACACCAGUGAUGUUACAAUGUGUCUCAAAUGGUAUCCCCAAGCCUGAUAUUUCAUGGACGUUACCUGGGCGCACAACAUUGCUGCCACAUAACCGGUAUACAGUGCAGGGAGGAAUUCAUAUGACAGAUGAGGGUAGUCUGGUCAUACAGAAUCCUGUACUCACACACUCUGGUAUUUACAAAUGCAAUGCUAAAAAUGCCCUUGGAACAGAUUUCAAAUCGACAUACCUACAAGUUGUAUGAGUGACAGUUAUCUCAUAACAGAAUCUCAUUGUUGACAAUGAGUGGAUGGGAUUUUUCCAUUUCUGUUCAAUAUAGGGACGCUCUGCUGGCAGACUUAAAACUGUCUGACUUAUGGCUUUGCUUAAGAUAUUUGUGUUGCAGUUGUAACUUUUGUACCUAAAGAUUUUUUUGUUGUUUGUUUGUAUGUGUGCUCUUCUUUGAAGAAUUUUGUCCAAACUCUGCCAACCCCCAGCCCACCCCCUCUCCUUCCAUCCUCCUUCACAGAGUUACAGUUUGUGAUCUCCCCUGGGUCACUUUUACUUUUCUUCUUGGGAUAUACAUACUUUUCCAAGUAUAUGCCUAUUGUUGUCUCUGUUUUAACAGAAACAUAAUUUACAGUGUCAUCAGGUUUCUAAGUUUUAGUUGUUCGUGUCUCAGAGCUAACAAAAUAACAAAAUCUGUGAUGGUUCAUGGUUCAUUUAAAAAAAGAAAAGUCAAUUUCACUUAUUCAUUAUUUAUACCUGUGGCUCUGUCAAAAAUAUUUCAAGUGCCAUAAU